CUCUGGGCUCGACUUAACAUGCCUUGAUAAACCCUACGCUGACGUCAAUUCCUGGGUUAAGAACAGACUCAGGGGGUUGGUGGUUAGCUGUAGCGCUAGCUACAGAGUGACGACAAUGAGCAGCGGAGAUUCUAACCCUGCAGCCACACCCAUACCUUGUGAGGAUGUACAAGGCGAUGGACGAUGGAUGUCAAUGCAUAAUCGUUUUGUCUCUGACAGUAAAGGAAAGGAACCCGAUGUUCUUUUUGUUGGAGACUCUCUUGUCCAGUUGCUCCAUGAGUUUGAGGUGUGGAGAAAGCUAUUCUCCCCACUCCAUACUCUGAAUUUUGGGAUUGGUGGUGAUGCAACACAGCAUGUUCUGUGGAGGCUUAGUAAUGGAGAGCUGGACCACAUCUCCCCCAAGGUGGUUGUGGUGUGGGUGGGGACUAACAACCAUGGCCAUACCCCUGAGCAGAUCUGUGGGGGUAUCAUGGCCAUCAUUGAUGUGAUCAACCAGCAUCUUUCUCAAGCUCACAUUCUUGUGCUGGGUGUUCUGCCGAGGGGUAAGAGUCCAAACCCGCUGCGGGAGCGAAACAAGAGGGUGAACACUCUGGUACAGGACAAGUUGGCGUCUGUGUGCUAUGCCUCCUUUUUGGAUGUGGAUCCUGGAUUCGUCCACUCAGAUGGCUCCAUCUCCCACCAGGACCUGUAUGACUAUCUCCACCUCACACCACAAGGCUACCAGAAAGUGUGCGAGCCACUGUAUAUGCGCAUUAAAGCCCUGCUAGAGAUGCAUGCACCCUGACUACUACCUUGAAAACGCACUGGUGCCCAGAUUUCCAGAAAGUCUGCCCCACACUGGUAUUAAAGCACUAUUGGAGAUUAAUAUCCAUCACAUAGAAAUGAUCAAGAGCAGCAUAUAAACAUGCACAGGAUUUUUGUCUAACACUGACAACCAUCCUGACUCCCACUGAAUAUACUGUUCUAUCUAUCUCUCUAUCUAUAUAUUAAAAAAUGUAUAUAAAUAAAAACAGUAUAAUCACACAUGUAAUUCACACCACUGCACAUUAAUUCAUGUUCAGUUAUCUGCUAUAAACAAUGUAUCUAUAUAAUACAUUAAACAUCUAAGUGAUUAAUUACAAUUACAUUUAUUAUCUUGUUCAACUACAAUGCCAAAAUUAUGUUGCUUUGCGUGUGUGGUAGAUUGGUAUGUCAUGCCAUUUUUGUUUGCCUUUAACUACACUCAAAGGAAAAAUAUUUUUGAAGCAAUGGUUCUGAGUAGAAGUCCAUGCUGGAGUCUGCCCAAAUAACAAUGACAGAUGGGUUUUGGCUCUUUUACUUACAAAGAAGAAUGAGUGCCAUGGAUAAAUACACCUUUUCACUUUAAAAUUUGACACGGAGCCUCCACUCAUGUUACCUGGGUUAGAAAUGGGAUGGACAAGGUUAAGCAUCACAGGAAUGGAGGAGUAGGCCAGGGGAUGUUUCGCAUUUGUUGUCAGUGGCUACAAUGGUUCUGUGCCUUUUUUUUUUUUCUUUUUUUUUCCCUCUUUUCUCCUGCAAUGACCAUUAUAUUUGUGUUUUAUGUGUUUAUAUGCAAGUUGUAAUGUCUGUUCUGCAAACUGGAAGCACGGGAGAAUUGCACAAUGUGUAUCGGCAAGAACCCUUUGGGACCAAAAAAAGCUCCGAUCCCCAUCUAUGGGAUCAAUAUCUUUUACCUUGUUUGUGGGUUUCCAUGUUCCAGGAAACCUUCAGCCACCAAAAAAUGUUAAUGAGGAGUAGGUCAAUCAGGUAUGUUUAGAAUACGGAAAACAGUAAAAAGUAGUACAGAAGCCAUCCAGGGCUUAACUUGCAGAAUUGUUAAUUGCAGAAUAUUUGAUUUUGUAAAUGGCUCUAAUUUGGGAGUCUUUACUCCUAUUGCAGUGUACUGGUAACCUGCUUCUCAGUAGUGUCCUUCUCUAUGUGGUAAUGCUGCUCUAUGCUGUUGAUGGAUGACCUUGGUUACUAUUAAACUCUUUUAGUCCUGGACCCUGCAUGAGUUGAAUUUGGGAUCACAUCUGGAGUUGCAUAAUGCAGUACUAUGGAGAUGCAAAUCUGUAAACUAGUUUAGAAUUGAUACAUUUAAAUAUCUUUCAUGUUAAAAUACUGUAUUAAAACCAUGGAACUAGG